AAUAAGAGAGGGGAAAUAGAGGAAUAAAAGAGAGGAAAUUGAGGGAUGAGAGAGGCAAAAUAGAGGAAUAAAUAGGCAAAAUAAAGGAAUAAGGGAGGGAAAAUAGAGGAAGGAAAGAGGAAAACGAGAGGAAGGAAAGGGGAUAAAUAGGGGGAUAAAAGAGGGAAUAUAGAGGAACUAACUGAGAAAAAAGGGGGAAAUAGAGAAAAAAGGGGGAAUAGAGAAAGAAAAGGAAAAAUAGGAAAAAUAGAGGGAAAAAUAGGAAAAAUAGAGGAAAAAAAGGAAAAACAGAGGGAAAAAGGGAAAAAUAGAGGAAAAAAAGAAGAAAUAGAGGAAAAAAAAGGAGAAAUAGAGGAAAAAAAAGGAAAAAUAGAGGAAAAAAAGGAGAAAUAGAGGGAAAAAUAUUUUGAACAAGAAGAAAAAAAAAAGAAGAAGGGAGAGAAAAAAAACCAACCAAACAACCCACCGAAAAACCCCAACGAACGCAGCAAAAAAAACCCAAAAAAAACCAAAAAAACCAAAAAACCAACAAAACAACAACCCACACGGACAAAACUCCCACCGAGAGCUCGGAGAACACCCUAAAAAAACCAACAAAAAACCAAAACAAAAACAAAAAAGAAAUUAAAGAAAUAUAUAUUUAAAAAAAUUACAAAAGAACCCCAAAACGAGCACCACGGCGGAGCGGCGAUGAAUUCUUAUUUCACCAACCCGUCCUUGUCGUGCCACCUCGGCGGCGGCCAGGAGGUGCUGCCCAACGUGGCCGCGCUCAACUCCAGCUACGACCCCGUGCGGCAUUUCGGCAGCUACGGCGCGGCCGUGGCGCAGAACCGGAUUUACUCCUCGCCCUUUUACUCGCCCCAGGACAACCCGGUGGUGUUCGGCUCGGGCCGCUCGCCCUACGAGUACGGCUCGAACGCCUUCUACCAGGACAAGGAGGUGCUGAGCAGCUGCCGGCAGAGCUCGGUCGGGGCGCACGGCACCCCCAAUUCCAUCGCGCAGGAUUUCCCCAGCGAGCAGAGCCGCGGCGCGGCUCAGGAGCAGAAAUCCGGCAUCCAGAUCUACCCCUGGAUGCAGCGCAUGAAUUCGCACAGUGGAGUCGGUUACGGGGCCGACCGCCGGCGGGGCCGCCAGAUUUAUUCGCGCUACCAGACGCUGGAGCUGGAGAAGGAAUUCCACUUCAACCGCUACCUGACCCGGCGGCGCCGCAUCGAGAUCGCCAACGCGCUCUGCCUCACCGAGCGCCAGAUCAAGAUCUGGUUCCAGAACCGCCGCAUGAAGUGGAAAAAAGAGACAAAUCUCAGCUCCACGCUGGCCGGAGCAGCGGGAGGAGGAGGAGGAGGAGGAGGAGGAGGAGGAGGAGGAGGAGGAGGAGGAGGAGGAGGUGGAGGGGGAGCGGCGGCCGACAGCUUGGCCAAGGAGGAGAAGCGCGAUGAGACAGAGGAGGAGAAGAAGGAGUGA